UUAGUCAAUUACGCUACACUCUUACAGAUAAAAAUGACACUGAAAACAUGGAAAUCAGAGCAUUAGAUAGCAAGAAGUAUGUUGCUUUAUAUAAACCUCUAGAGGGUUUUCUAUCCCAUUUACAGAUAACAUUUGAUAUGGCAAAACUAUUAGAAAACAAUUUAAAGUCAAAUCAAAAUGAUAUUGCUGCUAAUUCCAAUAUAGUCACAGCUGUAUGUAACCAAUUUAAUGUUUGCAAUGAGAAUUUGCAUUCUUUUGUCCAAAACUAUGAAAUAAUUGUUAAGCGAUCACUUAGACCAGCCCUGAAAGAAAACAAUUCUCCAAGUGAAAGUAACGAAGAAUUAAAUGAUAUGAAAGCUGAGACAAAGAUAAAUAAAAAUCAAGACGAUUCUAUAGAAAACUUGGAAGAUGAGGAGUAUAAUUUGUAUGUAGGUUAUUCAGACGAUGAAGAGGACGAUUUUAGAACAUCAGUUGAUUAUGUGGAUCAAAUGCCUAUUGAGUAUUUGGAGUUAAUGUUAACAGAACUGAAAAGGAAACUUGAUGAACGGAAAAAAUUAAAAGAGAAACGUUUAAAUCCUCUACAAGAUGGUAAAGAUGUGGGACCUAAUGUUGGUUGUAAUCUGCAAAAUUUCGAUGUAAAUUCAUAUUCAGAAAUAUCUUCCAUUGAAAGCCAAUCAAACUGUAAAAUGGAUAAAAAUGAAGUUGCUGUUUCUGAUGUACUUUUGCCACUGGCAACUCCUCCACCACCUCCAUUGCCCCAAAAAGUUAAUAAUUUAAAAGAUAAUGCACAAAUAGUUACAACAGCUAAUGAUACUCAACAACCAGGAUUCUUGAAUGAUAUUAAACUUCUUGCUCAACAAUUGAAUAGAAAAGAAGACACCUUCGGAUUUGGAAGUGAUUUGUCAGAUUCUGAUAAUGAUAACUAA